AUGGCUUAUUCUUCCCUGCUGCGCCGCGGCCGAGGUUUUGCCGGAUUUUCUAGCUAUCUGAUUUCUGGAAAAUGGAGUCGCGACUGUAAUUGGUUUUGUCGGAGAGGCAUGAGCACGGCGGCGCUGAUGUCGCCGGGAAAAGGUAAUCCAUCUUCUUCUUCUUGUUCUUCUCCCUGGCUGAUGCUGCAACCCGCAUAUGAAGUCGGCGCCGUCUGCACGGCCGCCACGAUGACCUACAAGUUGUACAACCUAGCCGAGAACAGGGUCGUGACCCUGUGGGUCCCACAAAUUCCCGGCGACCUUCUGAGUUUCCGGGGUUCCUCCGGCGGUGGCUGGCUAUCCCUCGUGCAGCGCGAAACCCACGAUCUGUUACUCUACAACCCCAUGUCCCGCCGUCGCAUAAAGCUCCCACCUUUGUACGGCCCAUCUGUUGAUCUAAACAGAGCACCCAUUCUCCAUAAGUCCUUCAUCUCCUGCUCUCCCGACACUGAAAAAUGUGUGGCCGUGAGUCUAACCUACUGUGGGGAAUCCAUGGCUGUGUGCUGCCCUUUGUCCAGUGACAAUUGGAAAUGGUUCGGCACAAAUUCCAAAGACGAGUAUUAUUUAGAUUGCGUCUACUCCACAAGCAAAAAGACACUCUUUGCCCUCACCAACACUUUCCAAUUGGAGGCUUGGGACUUGACGACGGCUGCUUCCCCUGAGUUGAUACGAAUUAUGGGUGAGUUUAGUAAUACCCUCGACCACGAAGAGAAGAUGAAGAAGAAGAAGAAAGAGUUGUUACAGUCUAGAGACGACUUGUCAUGUUGGCAUGAGUACCAUCUGGUGAUUGCCGGAGAGGAUCUCCUUGUGGUGACUCAGUACAUCGUGGAAUCCAUUGACUCGGAUGGUUUAUAUGAUCCCAAGGAUGGGGAUUUAAAGUAUGUGGAAGGUUCGUGUUUGGGUGGUUGGGCUCUUUUCGUCGGUAACUACAACCACUCUGUUGCGUUGCGUGCGCGUGACUUCCCAGAGCUGAAGCCCAACUCCAUUUACUUUACGGAUGCUUUACCAGAUCGUUGUGAUUCUAAUCAAGGUAACCAUGACAUUGGCAUCUUCAGUUAUGAGGAUAAGACUGUGUCACCAUGCUAUUAUCCAUGUGACCCUCCCAACCUAAAACCCAUGUUCCCAGAGCCCAUGUGGUUUUUCCCAACCAACUUCUGA